UUCACCUGAGUUUAGGAUGUAGUAAGGUACCGACAUUCAACGGUCGCCCAGUGACGAAAGAGAAGAAACCAGGCGACAACGGAUAUAGACUGGCGGUUCGGAACGACCCUAACGGUUACGAACCAGGAAAAAUCUAUAACUGUAAUUUAAACUCUGAUUAUUCUGUACUAACUGAGAGACGAUGUACUGUUCAUAAAUUACAAACAUCUAUUCGUCGAGAUCAAGCGUUAUCUCUGUCAAUGUUCCAGUGAUGCAAUGAAAUGAGUAUGUCUGCUUGCUACUCUAAUCAUGAGGGAUAAUAGUUUAAUUAUUGAAGAGAAAGCGAAACACACUGCAACUAGACCAUCGUUGAUAAAAUAUGUCAGAAGCAAAGCAUCAGAAAUGGACGUCUCUGUUACUUGUAAUAUAAAUUUAAAACGAUAGUCGAUAAAGUCAUUAGUUAUUGGCGUUAACAAAAUUUCCAAGUAAGAAGUACAUCUACGCAGUUUCAUAUUAUGUUAUCAUAUUUUAGAAGAAAUUCAGCUAACCCAACAAGAAAAGUAUUUCAUGUAUUUCUUAGGGCGAUAAGCUUCGUUACACCAAAUAGAAGUUGCGUGCGGAAAAAUGCUCCCCAGAAGCCAAACUCGAACCUGCAAACUUUCUCCAAUCCGUUAACCCAUUACAACCCAGCGGUUCCCAAAUUUGAACCAAAUUAGCAGAUAUCAUCAAUACCAUCAUAUUUUGUGUAGAAGAAUGCCAAAUCACUAUUAAAAAUCUUUUCCAAACGAAAUUAUCGUAUGUAUGUCUAUAUUUUGAGAGUGGUAUUCAAUGUUGCAAAUAUUCUUCGUGUAACUAAUUCAUCCAUCGAUCUUCGCCGCGACCAUGAUUCUAUUACUUACGAGACAGGCGAACAACGUUGAACUAUUCACUGCACGAAAGAGAGAACGGUGAAAAUGAAUAGAGAACCCGAAUAUACUAAUACAUUCUUUGCUGCUAGUAUACAUCGUGCAUGGUCGUUGCAUACAUUCGUUUGUCAUUCGUUCAUUUACUUUACUCUUCGAAUUGGUUCAAACAGCGUCACUGCGAUGAUCGUUGGUUUCCAUUUUUCGCGAAGCAUUCUUCAUCUAAUAAAUUCAUCAUAUCUCGUGAGGUAGCAGCAAUGGGAGAGUGCUGAGAUAUGGUUCAUCACAUACACAUAAGACUAUGGUAAUAACGCAGGGGGAAACGUCUUAAUUUGCUUGUUUCAAAGGCUGCACGAAUGAUAAUCGCGAAUUAAUCAUUCGUAACCGAAUGUUCGAAGUGAGCACACGCGUUUUUUUAACAAUCGACAUCGGUAAGACGAAGGUGCCUAUCACAGCAGAGGCUGUAGUAUAGGCAUUAAAUAAAAGUGAUAAAAAGUAGUAUCCCCGCAAGUGAGUUCUGUCUGUGCACCGGUUUUGUAUCGGUAUCAACAGUAGACGCUAUUGUGCUAUCCUCGGGCAGCAGUUAUUUCUAUUGUUUGCUACCCGCAUCGCAGCAGCCAAAUCCUGAGUCAAGGUCACGCUGAAGCACAACGAAGGAGUGAAGGAGCAACUCACCUAACAGCUUACCGUGACAUACUUAUUCCUAGUCGGUUCCCGCACCCAUAUAAAGCUCCAGCAAUUUACACACUUUAUGCUGACAGCACAAGCCAUCAGUGAUACGGUCAAAAAUUCCCGCACCUUCAUUGCAGGGCCAAAACGAGUUGGUCGUUUCCAAUUGUUCAGCGAUUCACUGACCAUGUUUUACGAUCACUGCGUUAACACAGUAACUCAAGCGGACGAUUUCCCCAAAACUGAAAUCCAAGUUAUGUGGGUAGCUCCGGCCAGUGGCUCCGGUUGCGUGAGUCUAUCGGCUAUGGUUUUCGAAGGGGAAGCUUCGUGGUAUUCAGAUGAUGGUGCGUUGACGAAGGUUCUAUGCGAGAUAAAACCCGAUCAUACUGUAGUAAAGGGUGAAUGCUGUGCUUGUGAUGAAGCUAAGUAUAACUUCGUCUUUGAGGGCAUUUGGUCCAACGAAACACACCCGAAAGACUUCCCAUUUGCAGUUUGGCUUACGCACUUUUCCGAUAUAAUCGGGGCCUCACACGAUACAAAUUUUUCAUUUUGGGGAGAGAACCACAUUGCAACUGAUGGAUUUCGUUCGCUGGCUGAGUGGGGUUCAAUACGUCAGCUUGAGCAAGAACUACGAUCCAAGGGUCCACGGUUAAGAACGUUGAUCAAAGCUGCCGGUCUUUGGUACCCCAGAGUUAAUUCAAAUACCACAUCAAACUUUCGUGUGGAUCGAAAGCAUCACAAAGUAUCGCUAGCUUCUAUGUUUGGUCCGUCUCCGGAUUGGGUAGUAGGUGUCAGCGGCCUAGAUCUGUGCAGUGAGGACUGUACCUGGGUUGAAUCGCUGGAUAUAGAUCUUCAUCCUUGGGAUGCAGGAACCGAUAAUGGUGUAAGUUACAUGUCUGCGAAUUCCGAGACACAACCAAGAGAAAGAAUGCAUCGUAUCACAACAUUGUAUCCUGAAGACCCCAGAGCUCCAUUCUACAAUCCAAAAGCCAAAAAUAUGAUUCCAUUAGCAAAGGUAUACUUUCGCCGGGAGAAAGUCAUUCAUAGAAAUUGCGACGAUGAGUUUCUUCAAGCUCAAGUUUUGGAAUUGACGGAGAAUACAGAAGAAAUUUUUAGACCGGAAUGCGAUACGACCAGUUACAGUGAGUGGACGCCAUGUUCAGUUAGCUGUGGUAAAGGAAUCCGUAUGCGAACACGUGAGUAUUUGCAACCGGAGAAGGCAGCACGCUUCCAAUGUAAUAGGCAGUUGAUAUCCAAGGAAAUGUGUGUAGCAGACACUCCAGAGUGCACUGACGAUGGACAGGAUACAGAAGAUAGUUCGGAGGAUAUCCGUAAGACAGUUGCAAAUGUAAAUGAAGAAGGAGAAGGUGUAGGAGUUUGUAAAACAACAAGAUGGAGCGAAUGGUCUGAGUGUUCAGUUAGCUGUGGAAUUGGAGUAAGUAUGCGAACAAGAACAUUUGUUGACCACAUGGGAAGGAAAAAAUGUCCCCAUAUAACAGUCGUUGAGAAAGAAAAAUGCAUGCAACCGGAAUGCUCUCUCACUGAUGUGGAAAUUCCGGAUUUUAUGUGUCCUGUAACCUCAUGGAGCGAUUGGAGUCCAUGUAGCGCCACUUGUGGUAAGGGUGUUAAAAUUCGAACUCGUCUAUUGCUGGUUGGCCCAGAACUGCAGCAGAAAUGUUCACAGAGAGUUGAGUUAAAUCAACAACGCGCAUGCACUGAAAAAGCAGAUUGCUUAUUCGAUGUAUUUACGGCCAGGGAAAUUUGUUCACAAUCUCCGGAAACUGGUCCAUGCAGGGGAAAGUACCAGCGUUUCGCGUAUGAUAGUACAAAAGAUUCAUGUGUGUCAUUUGUGUACGGAGGCUGCCGAGGCAAUAGAAACAACUUUUUGACGAACGAGGAUUGUAUGCAAACUUGUCAAUCGACUAAAGAGCAAUCCACAAUUCACGAUGAUCAUCGACAUUCAACUGAUAGACCGCGUGAACGGUAUCUUGGGCAAGAUGAUGGUUUGCCGGUAGAUUGUGUAUUAUCCGAUUGGACUGAAUGGAGCUCAUGUAGCGUAACAUGUGGGACUGGAAGGUCGGAAAGAUAUCGGAAUGUGAUUGUUCAAGCCCGGAAUGGAGGACAAUCUUGCCCUAACAGAGUGAUCAAAAGACGAAAAUGUACUGGACCUCCAUGUGUGUGAAUAACAUUCAUUUUAAGCUAUAUUCCGUAUUGCUUUGUUAAGAAAAAACUUUGAUGAAUAUUAUAUAAAAAUGUUAGGGGAUUGUCUGUCUGACGCAAUUAAAAUGAAACUCUAAUUUGUUCUUUUGAAUAAAUCAAUAUCUAAUAACAAA